CUAUCACAUGGUAUCAGCCUAAAAUUUCCCUAAUCUCGGCCAUUCUCGUUUCUAUGGCAGACUCUGACGCUACUCUUCCUUUCACUACCCUAGUCCAUAUGAUCACUAUCAAAUUGACCUCCUCCAAUUACCUUCUUUGGCGAAAUCAGGUUGCUACUCUGCUAGAAUCUCAAGGCCUCUUCGGUUAUAUCGAUGGCUCAAUCCCUUCACCGACUGUCUCUGUUUCUCCCACUCCGGAUGAAGUCAAGCGCCUUGCUACCUGGAACACUCAAGACAAACGAUUGGUGUCUUUGUUAUUGUCUUCUCUUAUGGAAGAAUCCAUGGCUGAAACCCUUGGCUGCACCACCUCUGCUAAGAUCUGGAAAGCCCUUGCGUCCGCUUUCAACCUUUCUUCCAAAUCCCGGGAAAUUCAAUUACGGGAUGAAUUGCAGCAGCUUCGUCGGGGUUCCAGGUCGGUCACCGACUAUGGCAAGCUAUUUCACAUCUACUGUGAUAAACUUGCAGCAAUUGGCUCUCCUGUUUCGUCGGUUGAUAAAAUUCAUUGGUUUUGUCGUGGUUUGGGGCCAUCAUUCACCAGCUUUUCUCUCACUCAACUUAAACUUGAUCCGUUGCCUGCUCUCCGUGAUGUUAUCUCUGAGGCAGAGAGUCAUGCUCUUUUUCAAAAGUCCUUGGAGGAACCUGCUGGAGCUUCCACUGUUGCUUUUGCUGCACACUCAUCUCCUGCUCCAUUUCGUGGUCAACGCCCUUCUCGUCAGCCAAAACAAAAUUCCUCUCACCCACACACUUCUUCUUCCGGGCCACGUUUUCCAUCUAAUUCACGCUGCCCUCGUCGCCCGUAUGUGCCCCGCUGUCAGAUUUGCAAAAUUGAUGGCCAUUUUGCAAAUGACUGUCCAGAAAGAUUUGUGCGUACCAGUUCUACACCUAGUGCUAAUUUAGCAGAAGCUUUCAAUGCUGUCUCCCUUAGUUCAGCCGACUCUUCUGAUUGGUACGUUGAUUCCGGGGCUUCCUCACACAUGACUGCUGAUAAGUCUGCUCUGGAUCAUACAGCUCCUUAUACUGCACAAGUUCACAAAGGAGAUCGUGGGUCGGGGUCGGCGUAAUGGUGGCUUAUACGUGCUGGAUCACACUCACAACGCAUUUUUGGGAGUCUUGCGGUCUCACAAAAUUAGUGCUUCUUUUGAAUUAUGGCAUUCUCGCCUCGGUCAUGUUUCCUUUGAUACAAUAAAGUUAUUAAAUAAAUUGGGUCGCUUAUGUGUGACUUGUGUUUUACCCAAGCCUGUCAGUUGUUGUUCC